GUGCCGGAGCCGUCGCUACUCGACCUCUGACUGCUGGGGAGCUUCUGGCUGAAGAGGAACCUCUCCUGCAGUGGUCUGGUGAGGAUCAGGACCAGGUGCAGCAGCUUUUCGAUGCGCUGCCGCUUCACAAGCAGAGUGCAAUGAUGGACUUGCAGGACAGCUAUGCACAUAACGACGCAGAGAAAACGCUGCUCGGCGUGGUCUGCACAAACUCCUUCACCUUCCAAAACGAAGAGGAUGAGCGUUGCUUGUAUCUGGAGAUCAGCCGCUUCAACCAUUCCUGCCGCCCGAACUGUGAAGGGAGCUGGGACGAUCGGCUAGGCUUGCUGCAAGUCUACGCUUGUGAGGAUAUCCCAUCAGGAGAUGAACUGUGCCUCUUCUAUACAGAUGUUCGCAAACCACGGCAGCUGCGGCAGGAGAAGCUGCAGACACUGGGCUUCACGUGCGCCUGUCCAGUGUGUCGUGCUGCAGAUCCCGCCAGCGACAAGCGCCGCGAACGCCUCUGGCAGCUGGUCGAGGAGAUACCCAGCUGCGAGGAUCCCGAGCAGGCACUUGGCCUAAUUCGGGAAAGCUUCGAACUCUCGGACGCGGAGGGGCUGAACAUCUCUUGCUUCCGGGAGGUAGCAGCCUACCAGGCUUACACGUCGUGCCUCUCCAUGGGAUGCACAGAGGAGGCUGGCAAGUGGAUUCAGCGAGCCUACGAGCGACUUGGCAAAGAGGCUAAGCGGAUUCAUUCCCUGGAUCGCCCCGGUGCCGAGAUGGCAAGGCAGCAUUCCAAGUCUCUGGAUCCAACUACGCCCUCCUGGAAGGAGGCAGCGCGGCGGCGCGUUGUGAGGAGCCUCCUGGAGGACGUCGACUGUCUUGCGAAAUCCGCGGACCAAGUCAGGGACCCUCGGCUGCCAAGAGAUGUAUCGGCAACAGCGCGAGAGAGAUGGUUGGCCUCCCUGGUGGUGCCAAGUUUGCGAGACGCGCGUGUAUGGCCUGUGCAGGACGAGGACCUGGAUCAGCGUUGUCUAUUCAAUGGCUACCAGGGAAGCGUCUACGACGUUGAGCUUCAGGGUUCGGAUGGAAGGUGGCGCCCAUCUGUGAUGAAGCUGCCGCCCUUCAGCAAACCCUGCCUGAAGGAUUUCGUUCAACCGGAGAGCACGGCCAAGAUGCCGAGUACCGCCGAGCGGGACCAGCUCUGGCUUUGCAUACCCUGCAAAGACGACGGUGCCUACUUCCAUCUCUGCAAUCGAUCCUCGGGAAUGCAGGUGUUGGAGAUUCGCGGAGGCGGCCCCGGGCACAGCGCCGCCUCACUCAGGCUCUCGGAGUAUUCCGGUGGCGACAGACAGAAGUGGAAGGUUGAUGACGACAGACGCAUCACAAGCAAGCUGGACUGCAUGCCGGGCGAUCAAGCCAUUCCGCUGAAGUUCUGCAUCGAUGUGGUGGGUGCACAGGAUGCAAACAGUGCAGCUGUGUGUGCCUACGCAGCUAACGGCGGUCGCAACCAGCAGUGGGAGCUGGAAGUCGUGGGCCAGGCCGGUCGCACGCGCUUGGUGCGCAUUGUGUCCCAGAUGGAUGGCAGGCGGCUGCUCACCGUGGAGAAUGGGGAUGAAAUGCGCAAAGACAUGAUCUUGGAGAUCGAGUAUCUGGCACGCUGGUACGGUGAAGCGGGAUUGGUGCAGCUACAGAAAGUGGUCUGGAACAACGGUGUGCCGCAGGCGAUCGUAGAAGAGCGACUGGGCAAGCAGCUUGGGCGAGGCACGGGAGACGCGGAGAAGGCUUGUAUUUUGCAAGAUAUCCGACAUGGCCUCGUCCAUUACACCCCUCAAAGGGCUGCGAGCAGCUUGCUACCUGUCGCCAACGUCCUUCGGCGAAUUCACAGCGACGGAUAUGUCUACAACGACAUGCACGACGGAAACAUUCUUCGACACAUGAACAAUGACAGCUACAAGCUGAUCGACCUCGGCAGCGUUACCCGAGCCGAUCACUGGCUGAGCGAAAUUGGAAGCCUCUACGACUGUCGAUGGAGUCGCAAUCGUGACUGGCGUGCGUUUGCACUGGCUUUCCUGGGAUUGAUUUUGAAUGGCAGGCAGUUGGACGUUUGGGUCCUUGUGGGCACGAACUCUUGCAUCAAAGCGAGCUCGGGACUGGAGUGCUCUUGGUCCUCACCUAGUGAUCAGGUGGCCUGGAUUCCGCAAGAUGUUGAGGACUUGCUCACCGAACAUCGUGGACUCUGGGCCGUGUCAGAGGAACGAGGCAUUCGCCAGGUGCUUCUUGCGCUGUUCGCACCGUGCGUCGAUGACCGAGUUGUUUGCCAAAAGCUUUGGGCGCUGUCUCUGAGCACAUUCUGA